CAUGUGCGAAAUAUUGAUCCGAGUCCUCAACGCGUCAUCAAUCUCUCUAAGCAGAAGAAGCGCACACACUAUUAGUAUCUACUACUUCUGUAUUUGAUAUCUGUAAAGUCCAUAUUUCUCUCUCACGACACAUACCUAACAUAUAUACAGAUUAUAUAUAUUAGACGAAUCUCUGAAGAGAGUGGUCAUGGAGGCCGGGUUGGUGGUCGAUAAAGAGUUUAUUUACGAAGAAGAGACCCAUCUCACAGUCCUAAAGACCUCCAUUUUCUUUGCCAACGAUGGCUUCUCCGUGUACGAUUGCAAGGGCGCGUUGGUGUUCCGGGUCGAUUCGUACGGGCCCGAUGCCCGAGACAAGGGCGAGCUGGUUCUGAUGGACCCUCAUGGCCGCUGUCUGCUAACCGUUCGACGAAAGAGGCCGAGUCUUCAUCAACGGUGGGAGGGGUUUCCCGGGGACGGAAUCGACGUUCGAAAGCCGAUCUUCAGCGUACGGAGAUCAUCAAUAAUCGGACGGUGCAGCGUGACAGUGGAGGUGUACGAGAAUCCAGGUGAGGAGUACCAGAUUGAAGGAAACUUUGCCCAAAGAUCAUGUACUAUUUACGAAUUAACCAAUAAGGAAUCAGUGGCUGAGAUUCGACGCAAAGUGGAUGCCUCCACUAACGUGUUGCUUGGGAAGGACGUGUUCUGUCUGUCUAUCAAACCGGGCUUUGAUGGUGCCUUCGCCAUGGCAUUAGUGCUGAUCCUUGAUCAGAUCAACGGAGAUGAUGAUGAUGAUGGUGAUGAUAUUCAUGUAAAAGAGAGCGCGGCUCAGGUGGAACCGGUCACAGAGGAUUAGAUCGGUUUUGCUCAAUGAAUGUGUCAAUGUGUUGAUGGUUUACUUUCAACUAAUUUUUGUAAGGCAGGACUAUAUUGAAAAACAAGGGAAGCCCUAAACCUUACAUGUUUGAUGUUUCCAAUUAAAUAACAUGCUUAUUGAAUAUGAA